UCCCUCCCAGCAAACACGGUGUGAUGAUUCCCAACACCCAGACCUCAGGCUUCUUCCCAACCAUGUUCAGAGUGAGAGCCUGAUUCACAGCAUCCAGGUUACAGGCUCCCUCCUUCAUACAGCUUGAAAUCAGAAUUUAAGGAAGGAGUUACAUUCUUCAGAGGACAAUGGCAGUGCUGUCCAAUGACACAGCAUUAAACCUUCUUUCAAAACUGCUAGAAGACUAUGUGCAUAAACCAAAUGACCCUACACCUGCGCCAUUCAUUGCAACAAAUGAUCACCUGGAAGUAGUGUAUAUACUCUUAUUGCUCGGCUUCUUUGGCUUCUUCGCAUUUGGAAUAAUGAUGAGUUACAUCCGCUCCAAAAAGCUUGAACAUUCGAAUGACCCAUACAAUGUGUACAUUGCCACAGACGUUUGGUAUAAGAAGGACAUGGCCAACUUGCAAGCCAAAGUGGUGGAAAGCUACAAGUCAUGUUUUGUCUUGAAGAACCAGCAUGCAGUAGAACAACCUAGCAGUCACAUUCCUGAAGCAAAAUCUUCCUAGCAAAUAGGCAGUUGAUUUUGCGGGAAUCAUCAUGCCAUAUCUUCCAAAAGAAAGCAGUUAAUGGACUAUAUUUACCAAAAACAAAACAGAAAUGUCUUGUCUUUUCUUUCCUUCUUUUCCUUCUUUCUUUCUUUGGUUCUUUGCAAUCUUCUUGCAUAAUGAGGGAAGUGCAUUAGCAGCAUUUUGAAAUCCAAUGCAUUUUAAAUAACUGUUCUUAAUAAUGCUGCUGUUUGUUGCUGCUGUUAGGUCAAAACUAAAAUUCUGAGCUGUCAUUUAAACCUUACUCACCUCACGUUCACCCUGGGAAGAGUGCGGAGCUGAGUCACAUGAACCCACUGCCAGAGACCCAGGAAAUAAUGACAACAAGAACCUUUGACAAAGGGGACCCAACCUGUCCAGCAAGGUGCCUUCCAGAAAUGGGAACCCCGUUUAUUGAAAGGGGUUCAGAAUAUAUACCCUCGAGGAGGGACUACAGGCCAGGGGGAUGAACUCCAUAAAACAUAAAGAAUUUACACGGUGGCAUAAAGGUCAUGACAAGAGGGGGGGAAGGAGAGCAGGGGGAGAUGAGCGAAAUUGCCCGGGGCAUGCUGCCCCUUUGUAAAUCAGAAUUUGCAGACUGUGUACAGCCUUGAGAUAAAGGCUGGAGCCAGAGAGCUGAAACAACCAGGAAGAGAACACUAAAACAGAGACAGAGUAUAAACAAAUGCAAAACACAUUCAUGUGGGGAACAAAGGCUUCCAUCCUUUGACACCUAUCUGUUAAAGCUCAACAAGCAUGUGAAAAGCUGAAUUCAGUUUACAUUCUGGACCAAAAUUUUUCCUGCAAAGCUUCCUGGGAUGGGGGUCAGGUUAGGGGCAAAUAAACCAAAAUCAAUUUUAUUUCAACCAUAAUUCAUUUUAACCCAACACUGCGGUAUCGGCAGCAGCGCAGUGGCAAAUCCAGAAGUGCAGGGUCCCUUCAUGAUAGUCAUGCCACACCCCCUCACUUGCUUGGCCUCUCCAUUGUCAUCACCACACUCCUCAAUCCUUUCAGCACAUGCCUUCCUCCACAACAACAGACAUUUCUAGGAGUCAGUCGGCAGGAAAGGGGAAAGAAGCAUGUUAAAAGGUUAUUCUCAGAGGCUAACACACUAUCCUUUCACGCUGAUUGGCUUGUAGGUUGCUGGAGACAUAGGAAUCCCACUGGUACCCUGUUCCCAAAAAAGUAAGGGGUCUAAGACACCCCCCCAAGACCACAGAUGUCUAGACCUUUUGGACUGUAUCUGCUGAAGGAGAUAUCUGUAGGCUAUAAUCUACUUUCACCAUAAUUUCUCCAAAAGGAAUUUGGUCAAAAAUUCAUUCCACAAAAAACAGAUCAAUAGAGUUGUCUUGAUCUCACAUAGGGUUAGAUAUCGCUAUCCAACCAACUGUAAACAAGUUGCUGAUCCAUGAGGGAUGGAGGAUGACAAGUCAUUUUAACGUAAUGCUAGUCGCAUCAUUUCCUUGUGUACAACAGGCCAUCCCAAACUGGUCAGCUUUUAGCCACUUCCAAUUGAUGGCUUGCAAAAGAUGUUUACUUUGGUAACAAUUAGAAAUAGCCAGAAGCUGGCUGUGCAACUUCAAAGGUGAAGUUAAAAUGCAUCAGUAGGUGGCACCCUAGGGCAAAUGAACAUGCCAGUAAACUGUGAAUGGGACCUACAGACUAUUUCUUUUCUAUUCUUUAUCCUCUGCUGUUUUUUUGUUUUUCUUUGCUUUUGCUUUUGAAAGCUCAUUACCAUAAUGUCUUGUAUCUCUAAGUUUAAUUUUUGCUUCUUGGAAAGAGACCUUAAACUGAAUUCUCACAUGAUAACUUCUUUAGUUGCUGCUCAACGUUUACUUUCUAGCUAUCUAUACAUGUGCCAUAUGUUUAAGUUUGGUACUUUCCUUUCAUUUCUUCAGUGAAAUGUUUUGUAUCCUGGUUUUCAUAUGUUCUUCAAAAUGCUAUGCAUUUCAUUUUAAAAUCUGAGUGUGUUAAAUCAACUAGGCAAAUUGCAUAGUAAUCUGUACAUCCAUUCAGAUCAAUGAGAUAUUUGCUGUGAAAUCCAAAGAAUGGAAAAUGAAAAAAAGAGAAGCAAA